AAAAAAAAAAAAAAAAACCAUUGCCGGAACCAAAGAGCUGUGCACCCCGUGAUGGCAACGGCGCGGUGUGAGUGUUGCACUGAGUCCGCUUACCUCCGUUCCGCUUCUUCCGGCUGCACCGAGAGGUCGCAGGUUCCUACUAUGUAGCUCUGGCUGGAACGCUGUCAACCUUUAUCACUGCUGGUGUUACAUAUCCCUGAUCACCUGGUGGAGCCUCUGCAGAGAAGAAUUACUAUACUUAUGGCUGGUGUUUUGCGUUCAGUAUUUCAGAGGCCUCCAGGCAGACUGCAGACUGUGAAGAAAGGUGUGGAAUCUCUCAUUGGUACAGAUUGGAUUCGUCACAAAUUUACCAGAUCAAGGAUUCCAGAUAAAGUGUUUCAGCCUAAACCUGAAGAUCAUGAAAAAUAUGGUGGGGACCCCCAGCACCCUCAUAAACUACACAUUGUUACAAGAAUAAAAAGUACAAAAAGGCGUCCUUACUGGGAAAAGGAUACAAUCAAGAUGCUUGGACUGCAGAAGGCACACACCCCUCAAAUUCACAAGAACAUCCCUUCAGUGAACGCAAAGUUGAAAGUUGUUAAACACUUGAUACGUAUCCAGCCCCUGAAGCUGCCACAAGGACUUCCCACAGAAGAGACCAUGUCUAGCACGUGCCUCAAGAGCACUGGGGAAUUGGUGGUACAGUGGCACCUGAAGCCUGUGGAACAGGAAGCAAAGUCUUGAUGUCACCCGGCUGCAGAUUACAAACCGCAGUUACUGAGGAAACGUUUCUCAUUAAAGUGUUUAUCAUCAGUCGUUUCCACUGA